AAUAUCAGAAGUUAAAGUACGUAAAUUCUACCAUGGCGAAGAAAUUUUUAGACGAAAAUUUUCCUGACGAAAUAGACCAGUGUCGACAAUAUUUUGUUGAUACUACGACGGACGACUCUGUGGAAGGAGUAACUGGAAAUGCACACAUUAUUUAUUUCAAGCCUUUUCUAAACUACGACUUAAUCAUCAGAGAUAUACCUACCAUGAAUAAUGGGACAUUUCAAAUACGCAUGAAACCAGUAGAGUGGGCACGAGCUUUUAUACAAUUUGACCUAAUUUCGACAACUAAACAGCUUAUGAAAGUUAUGGUAAAUCAGGACUGUUUCAAAGUAAUUAACCUCGAUUUCAUUGCAAGAAGUAACACUGCUCAAAUUAUUAUGUAUGCAGCAGUCUGGCAAAUGUCAAAAUUUCAUGAAAAUAGUCACAUUGAUCCUUGGUCCUUUCCAUUGACAUUUGCCGAAAUUAUGCAACUGCCUCGACCAACUGAGCAAGAAUCUGAAAUAAUGAUGGAUGCUCUUCGACAAACUCAUCCAAUAUUUGAUCCCGAACCACCACCCGAACUAGAACAAGCACUACAAACAAUUAUCAGCCAAAUGCCGGUUAAUGUUUUCUGGGAUGUCCCAGCAAAUGAUACAUUAAUGCAAUAUCAAUAUAUAACUGGAGCAAUAAAGGAACAAGAGAAGUAUGAUCAGAUGUUUCAAAAAUGUGUGGCGUAUUAUGAGUCAAUUGGUGAAACUUACAAGGAUAUAAACACAGCUCAAAUUGCUGCUGCCCUAACGAGAGCUACGAUUCCGAACAAUACAGAUCAAAUAGUGGACAUUUUUCAAAUUAGUAAACAACGAAUGGAGGAUGCUUCCAAGUUACGGACUAUUGAAAAGAUAGCGGCAAAAAUUGCAAGUCACUCCAUACGACUUGAUUUAAAAAAUGCUGGAAAAUUCGACAACAUCAAUGAUUUAUGUCCAGUCAAGCUGUUGGCCAUUUACAGAGGAGCAAAGUUUCUCCGUAACAAAGAUUUCAUGCAAGACGGGGUCCCCGUCCAGUUCGACUCUGCAAUUAGAGACCACAAUCUUUAUCCCUCGGUCUAUGAGUGUCUUGCAAUAAAUGGCGAAUUAGAAUUGACUGCGGAAGCAAUUCUAGCUCGUCUUGCUCGUAUCAAAUCAAGGGAAAUGGCCAAUAGUAAUUCAAAUGUGGUAAUUCCAACUCAAUGUGACCAAAUUCCAAUACUGCAGUCAUAUAAUGGACUUGACACAAGCGUACCGAUGGGUGGGCCACCAAUCAUUGGUCAAACUUUUAACAAUGUAAAUAAUGCUUACGACAACAAUUAUCCAAUGGAAGAACUUGGGGCUCAACUCACCUACCCAGCGGAAAAUCCAAGUCAUGCAGUACUUUCGACGGGACUACCAAAUAAGGCAUCUGUACCAAAUAGUGGACAAACUAAUAAGCUAGACUCUGACGACAUCAGUAUUUUGGAAAUUGAUUCAAACUAUUUUAAGAGCUUAAGUCUGAAUGGUGGAAUAGAACCAAUUUUGAAUGAUCCAAAUUUUUCUGGAUUGGUUACUGUGAUUACUUCUAAGAGUGAAAAUGACAGUGACGACGAAAUUCAAUCUCACGCAUUUUCAUCUACGACUUGGAUGGCUGCAGUGCAAUUUUACAAGGAACACGGUGCUGUCGCGGUAGGCAAAGAUCUUUUGAUUCGUAACCUAUUUACAGACAACGAGCUCAAAGAGUUUACGCCGAGCGGGAAAAAGGCGAAAGAUCAACUUGACAUUAACAGACAAAGACAGCUUUUAGCCGGUCUUCGUUACCUGAUUGAAAAAGUCCCAUUAAGCCCUACGGCGGAAAAAGGUGAAAAAUGGUCAGUGGCUCUGAAAAAGACUUUGAUCCAAAAGGUCAUUUUUGAAGGAAGCAGCCAAAUUCGCAACCCCAAAAAACCGCCUAUCAAAUCUAUUAGUACAGCUAAAAAUUCCAUUUGUAAAAGGCGUCUUUAAAAUCCUUCAGUUAACCUUCCAACACCUGUUAAUUUGUCAUUAAUAUUUAAGCGUAAUUAACUAGAAUAGUAACUAGUUACGGCGAUUAUUUAAAGAAAGGAAAGACGAAAAUUAUCACAAGACAUUUAUUACACAACAAGAAAUACACACAUGAAUUAAUAUUUAAACAAUGCAGAAUUGUCCUUAACAAUAAUCAACAAAACAACAUUUAAUUAAUAGCUUUGCAUGCCCACACUAAUAAAUAAGUAGCACCAACCAA